AGUCCAUCGCCAGCCCCCGAUCUGAGUGGACGUGUGGCCCGGAGCUCUGAACUUCGCUCACUCCACUGGGGGGAAAUUUCACGCUUUCUUUUUGGUCGCUCUGUGGCAACUUUACAUUAUCUUAGGAGUUUUGUUCAUUGAAAAAUAUUCUACAUUUCAUUAAUGUGGAGGGGGAACAGGAACAUUACUUGCGUGAGGAAAACUCGGUAAGAGAUAAAAUCCUCGGUCUUGAGGAAGUCUCAAGAGACGCCGCCCGCAGCAGCUGCCUCCGCCCCCCCAACCCCGGGCGAUGUAGGGCGCGUGGAAGCCCUCGAGUCGCCCGAAAGGAAGCAGAGGGAGGAAGCCCAGGAGGACAGCGCCGAGGAGGAGGAGGGAGGAAGCUCAGGAGGAGGGCGACGCGGCGGAUAUGAGGAGGAACGCCACCUUCCGCUUCCCGGCGCGGGACCACUACCUGCCGGAAGAGGUCAACUUCUGGACGAUGGCCAUUGUGGCGGUUGGCACGGGCUUCAUCUUCACUGUCGCCGUCUCCAUCUACCUCAUCUGCCAGACGCGGCUGGAGCGGCCCCUCACGGUGCGGCACCAGCGGACGGUGCGCCACAUCAGCCAGGGGCCCGACGCCUUCCCGCUGCCGCACGACACCCACGGGCGCAAGGGGGACUACCUACGCCCCCCCCUGCACUGCCUCCACGCGCCCUCCGCUCUCCCCCGCGCCUUGGACAACCCCGAGUAGACCGCCAAGGCGCCAGCGGCCCUUCCUCGACGCUGUCACUUCAACUUCAAGCGAGUUUUGACGAGCAAACUCUACCAAGAUUUCUUGCUUCGAAUUGACGAAAGACUGCCUGACAAGUGACUUUACCUUGAGAGUUCUUUGCCGUAGUUUCUCAGGAUAUUCUGUCCUUUAAAACAGACAUUGCAGAAUGGCUUAAAUUCACAUUAAGUAGUCGAUCGAAAAUAUAUUUAAUACCAAAUUGAAAAAAAGAGAAAAAGAUAUAUCUAAAGCUAUAAAUGCAUUGUCAUUGUCCUCUCAUAAAAACUCACUAUAGUUUUCUCUUAUCGCUGUAUUGUGAAUUUUAAGAUAAUAAAAAUUUGUUCAUAUGUUUAAUAAAACUAUGAAAGAAG